ACAAUCGUUACAAAUUCGAAGUAGUAGUCGCGUCUGAAAACAAGCGAGCUGAAAUUUGUUUCGGUUAAGAAAAUAUUCAUCACGUUUAUUUAGACAAACAACAUACUUUUGAGUUGGGAACAGUUUGCGUGAAAUAUGGCUCCGACUGUUCAGACUCAAGCUCAACGUGAAGACGGCCACAGUCGGCCCACUUCACACCGAACGGUCCCAGAGAGGUCAGGAGUUGUCUGUCGGGUUAAAUAUUGUAACACGCUGCCUGACAUCCCCUUUGACCCCAAAUUUAUCACAUAUCCCUUUGAUCAGCACAGGUUUGUACAGUACAAAGCUACUUCUCUGGAGAAGCAGCAUCGGCAUGAGCUCUUGACCGAGCCGGACCUUGGAGUCACCAUUGACUUAAUCAACCCAGACACCUACCGCAUUGACCCCAUCAUACCUUUGGAUCCCACUGAUGAAAAACUGCUGGAGGAGGACAUCCAAGCUCCGUCUAGUUCAAAGAGGUCACAGCAGCAUGCCAAAGUGGUUCCAUGGAUGAGGAAGACAGAAUAUAUUUCCACAGAGUUCAAUAGAUACGGUGUCUCCAAUGAAAAAGUGGAGGUCAAGAUUGGUGUAUCUGUCAAACAGCAGUUUACAGAAGAAGAGAUUUACAAGGACAGAGACAGUCAGAUUUCUGCUAUUGAGAAGACCUUUGAAGAUGCACAAAAAACAAUUGCACAGCAUUAUAGUAAACCUAGAGUUACUCCUGUGGAGGUACUGCCCGUGUUCCCCGACUUUAAGAUGUGGAUCAACCCGUGUGCUCAGGUCAUCUUUGACUCUGAUCCUGCACCAAAAGACACCACAGGACCAGCAGCGGUGGAGAUGAUGUCUCAGGCCAUGAUCAGAGGUAUGAUGGAUGAGGAAGGAAAUCAGUUUGUGGCCUAUUUCCUGCCAAAUGAGGAAACACUUGGCAAGCGGAAAAGAGAUUUUGAGGAGGGGAUGGAUUAUAUGCCGGAUGACCUGUAUGAUUACAAGAUAGCCAGAGAAUACAACUGGAAUGUUAAGAAUAAAGCCAGCAAGGGCUACGAGGAGAACUACUUCUUCAUCUUCAGAGAUGGAGACGGGGUUUAUUACAACGAGCUGGAGACAAGGGUGCGUCUGAGCAAGAGGCGAGCGAAGGCCGGCGCUCAGUCGACCACAAACGCUGUGCUGGUGUGUAAGCACAGAGACAUGAAUGAGAAGGAGCUGGAAGCGCAGGAAGCUCGUAAAGCUCAGCUGGAGAACCACGAGCCAGAAGAUGAAGAGGAAGACAUGGACAUGGAUAAAGACAUGCAGGACUCAGGUGACGAGAAAGAGAAGGGCAGCGGUACUGAGGCAGAGAACUCUGGUAGUGAAUCUGAAAGGGAGGACGAAGAUCGCGAGCAGCGAGGAGAUGAUGAACAGGAUGAGGACAGAACGAAACGAAGGAGAAAGGGAAGUGGCAGCGGCAGUGAGAGUGGCGAGGAGAGGACGCGCGAAAUGCGAGACGAGGAAGAGAUCUUUGGCAGUGACGACGACAGUGACGAAAACGAACCCAAGAACUCUGUCAGGAGCAGUGGGGAGGAGGGCAGCGGGAGUGAAGAUGAAAGAGGCAGCAGAAGUCGCAGUGCCUCUCCUCCUGCGCAAAGCGAUCGCAGCAGUGAGCGUUCAGAGACCCGAGCUCAGAGUGGAAGCGAGCAAGGCUCGGGUUCCAGCGACAUCAGCGACAGCGAAUAAGACGAGUGGGCUGGAUACUGUCUUAUUUUUAAAUCUGUAUC